GUAAAAAAAAAAAAACACUACAUUACAAUGACUAACUCUGCAUUUGUACACUGUCUUCCAAAAAGCCUAUGGAUUCCAAAACAUAGUUUUUAGAUGUUGGGGUUUAUACAACAAAUCUUUGCAACUUAGAAACAGUUUCUAAACUAACAAUGUCAUCAAACCAAAACCUAAAAGACCUACAAUGGUUUCUUCAAGCAAUCACCAUGGAGAACCAAAACCUACACAGCAUUUCCUUCUACCUUUCCCAACCAACCUCAAAUUGUUACCAAGAAACAAACAACUCCAUAAACAUAAACAUUUCCAAAGAAAAUCAACAACACUUUUCCAACCUCUUAACAUCACUAGCAUCAUCCAAGAACACAAGUUCAACUUUAAGAAACUUAGAGUUUCACAAAGUUGAAUGGGAAUCACAACAGGUAAAAAACCUUGAAACCCUUUUGAGGAAUCAUCAAAAUUUAAAGCAAAUUCUUUUUAGAAGAAAUAGAUUCAAUGGAAAAAGUAUGAAAGAUUUUUCUGAUAUUUUGAAGGAAAAUAAAGUUAUUAAAGAGAUUAUGUUUUCAGAAUCAUGUAUUGGUUCUAAUGGAGCUGGUUUAAUUGGUUCUUCUCUUAUGGUUAAUCAUAGUUUAGAAGAGUUGCAGAUUUGGGAAGAUUCAAUAGGUUCAAAAGGUGCUGAAGAACUUUCAAAGAUGAUUGAAGUGAAUCCAAAUCUUAAGCUUUUAACUAUUUUUGACUCAAAUGCUAUUACUGCUACACCUCUUAUAUCUGCAGUUUUGGCUAGAAAUAGAACAAUGGAAGUUCAUGUUUGGUGUGGUGAUCAAAAUGGUGAAAAAAGUUCUAAGGUUGUUGAAUUUGUACCUGGUAACAGUACAUUGAGAAUUUACAAGCUUAACCUUUCAGGUACUUGUAGAGUUGUUUGUUCUUUAGGAAUGAAUUUCACUGUUAAAUCACUUGAUAUGACUGGUGUUAAGAUAAAAUCGAAAUGCGCUAAGGAGUUUAGAUGGGUUUUAGAACAAAACCAAACCAUAAAAGAGGUUAAUUUUUCAAGAACAUGUCUUAAAGAUAAGGGCAUUGUGUAUGUUGCAGCUGGACUGUUUAAGAAUCAUAGUCUGCAAACUUUGCAUCUAACUGGAAAUUGGUUUCGUGGAAUCGGUGUCGAGCAUUUACUUUGUCCUUUGAGUAGAUUUUCAUCAUUGCAAAUGCAAGCUAACAUUAGUUUGAAGUGUGUUACUUUUGGAGGAGGGAGAACAAGAAUAGGAAGGGAUGGUUUGGCAGCUAUAAUGCAAUUUCUUAUAACGAACGAGACAGUAAUGCGGUUUGGGAUACAUGAUGAUGAGAGUUUGAGACCAGAUGAUUUUGUUAAAAUCUUUAAGAGCUUAGAGAAGAAUGCUAGUUUGAAAUGUUUGUCUUUGCAAGGUUGUAAAGGUGUUCAAGGAGAGACAUUGCUGGAGAUAAUUAUGGAGACAUUGCAGAUAAAUCCUUGGAUUGAAGAAAUUGAUCUCUCUAGAACACCUUUACAUAAUUCUGGAAAGACUAAUGGAAUUUAUCAGAGAUUAGGGCAGAAUGAGAAUCCUGAACCAGAAAUGGAUUUGAUCAAAGAUAUGCCACUCACUGAGCCUAAGAGUUGCAGAGUUUUCUUUUGUGGACAAGAAUGUGCAGGCAAAACCACACUUUGUCAAUCAGUAUCGCAAAACUUCUCUUCUUCGGCGGCGCUUCCCUACUUGGAUCAAGUAAGAACAAUAGUGAAUCCAGUGGAGCAGGCUGUUAAAACAACAGGAAUGAAGAUAAAAACAUUUAAAGAUGAAGAUACAAAGAUUUCAAUCUGGAAUUUAGCUGGUCAACAUGAGUUUUUCUCACUUCAUGAUCUUAUGUUCCCGGGGCACGGAAGUGCAUCGAUUUUCAUCAUUGUAUCGAGUUUAUUCAGGAAGCCAGGUAAUAGAGAACCCAAAAGCACUGCAGAGAUUGAAGAGGAUUUGCAAUAUUGGCUAAGGUUCAUAGUUUCCAACUCCAAAAGAGCAGUGCAACAAUGCAUGCUGCCUAGUGUAGCUGUUGUUCUUACACACUUUGAUAAAAUCAACCAAUCAUCACAAAAUUUGCAGCAAACGGUCGAUUCAAUUCAAAGACUGAGAGAGAAGUUUCAAGGAUAUGUUGAAUUCUACCCAACUAUAUUCACGGUUGAUGCACGAUCAUCAGCAUCAGUUAGUAAACUCACCCAUCACAUCCGAAAGACAUGCAAAACAAUUCUACAAAGAGUACCGCGAGUUUACCAACUUUGCAAUGAUCUGAUACAGAUUUUAUCUGAAUGGAGAGCAGAGAAUUACAACAAGCCAGCUAUGAAGUGGAAGGAGUUUGGUGAGUUGUGUCAAGUAAAAGUCCCACAUUUGAGAAUCCGAUCGAGACAUUAUAAUAAAGAAGCGGUUGAAAUGAAACGAAAAGCUGUUGCUACUUGUCUUCAUCACGUUGGUGAAGUGAUUUAUUUUGAUGAGUUGGAGUUUCUAAUUUUAGACUGCGAGUGGUUCUGUGGUGAAGUACUUGGUCAGCUCAUAAAGUUGAAUGUUAGAAAGCAUCACUCUUCCGAAAACAAUGGAUUCAUUAGUAGGAAGGAACUUGAGAAAAUCUUAAGAGGAAGUUUACAAAGUCCAAUUCCUGGUAUGGGAUCAAAGGUAUUUGAGAACUUAGAUGCUAGUGACCUUGUGAGAAUGAUGCUUAAACUUGAACUUUGUUAUGAGCAAGAUCCAUCGGAUCAAAAUUCUCUACUAUUGAUUCCCUCCAUUCUUGAAGAAGGUAGAGCAAAGCCUCAGAAGUGGCAGAUAAGCUCACCAGAUUGUCUUUAUGCUGGACGCCAUCUUGAGUGUGAUGAUUCAAGUCAUAUGUUUCUAACUCCUGGAUUCUUCCCUCGCUUACAGGUGCACCUUCACAACAAAAUAAAGUCUCUCAUGAAUCAACAUGGCGCAACUUACAGUCUUGAGAAGUACCUCAUUUCAAUCAGCAUUAAUGGAAUCUAUAUCAGAGUUGAGCUUGGAGGACAACUCGGUUACUAUAUCGACAUUCUUGCAUGCUCCACCAAAAACUUGACAGAAACUUUAAGAGUCAUUCAGCAACUUAUAAUACCGGCUAUUCAAAGUGUUUGCCAUGGGAUCACCAUGACUGAAAGUGUCAUUAGACCUGAAUGCGUGCGAAAUUUGACACCACCUAGAUACAGAAGAACUCAAUUUGCUUCCCUGCAGCAACUGAAACAAGCACUACUUUCACUUCCAGCAGACAGCAUGUAUGAUUAUCAACACACAUGGAGUUUGGUCUUGGAUUCUGGCAGGCCUAUUCUCCACGAAGGGUUUGAUUUUGCGCGAGACCUUUUAUCGGAUGAUGACUUCCGGGAAGUGCUGCAUCGCAGAUAUCAUGAUCUACACAGUCUUGCUCAGGAACUGCAAAUCCCACCUGAAAACAACCCUGAAGGGCAAGAUCAAGCUGUAACCUUAAGCAAUGAAGCUGAAAGAGUUGAACCAACCUUUGGAGGCAUUGCUAAAGGGGUUGAAGAAGUUUUACAAAGAUUGAAAAUUAUUGAACAAGAAAUCCGAGACUUGAAGCAAGAAAUCCAAGGGCUCAGAUAUUACGAACACAGACUCCUACUUGAGCUUCAUCGCAAAGUGAAUUACAUAGCAACCUUCAAUUCUCAAGUAGAGGAGAGGAAAGUACCUAACAUGUUCUAUUUCGUAAAAGCAGAGAACUACUCAAGGAGACUGAUCACCAGCAUGGUUUCUGGCAUGACAGCUCUCCGGCUUCACAUGUUAUGCGAGUUUCGGGGACAAAUGCAUGUUGUUGAAGAUCAAAUGGGUUGUGAAAUGAUGCAAGUUGAUAACAUGGCCGUGAAGUCUUUAGCUCCAUAUAUGAAAAAGUUCAUGGUUAUGGUAACUUUUGCUCUUAAAAUAGGAGCUCAUCUUGCAGCUGGAAUGGGGGAAAUGAUACCAGAUUUGAGCAAGGAAGUGGCUCAUUUGGCUGGCUCUUCAGUUCUCUUUGGUGCAGCAGGGGCAACUGCAGCUGGUCUUGUAGGGGCUGCUGCUAUCGGUCGUAGAAACAGGUCCACGGAAGGUUCAAGGGGCAUUCAACAAGACAUAAAAGCAGCACAGCAAUGGAUGGUUGAUUUCUUGAGGGAAAGGAGGUGUUCCACAGGGAAGGAUAUUGCAGAGAAGUUCGGACUAUGGCGUGUAAGGUACAGGGAUAAUGGUCAGAUUGCAUGGAUCUGUAGAAGGCACAUGUACGAGAGAUCUGCAGAGAUAAUUGAAGUGCCUAUUUGAAACAGAAGAAAUUGUUAUACAACACUGGGAACCUUAGUUUUCAAGUUUCUUUUUUUUUUUUUUUUUUGUUUGUUUUUUGUCUGUAUCUGAACCAUGAAUAUCAGAAUAUGGCAUGUAUUGAAGUUCUCCGGAACAUUAAGAGUUCAAAUGU